GUGACGAAUAUAUAUAUACAUAAAAAUAUAUAGAGGCGUGGGUGUAUAAAAACAAGAAGCGUAUUUGAAUCUAUCUCUCUCCUCUCGUCUCAUCUCCUCUGUGUUAGAAGAAGAAACUUAAGAAUGAGUUCAAGAGAUAACGCCAUUUCUUAUGGCUCUGCGUUAGUUCUAUCGCUUCUUCUUCUUCUUCUUCUGCUACACGACCACGAAGCAGAGGGAUGCGACAUGUUCACAGGGAGAUGGGUGAAGGACGCUUCUUACCCUCUCUACGAUUCCUCCACGUGUCCGUUCAUAAGACGCGAGUUCGCUUGCCAGAGAAAUGGACGGCCAGAUCUCGAUUUCUCCACCUUCAGAUGGCAGCCUCUGUCCUGCAAAUUAGCUAGGUUCAACGGAGUGGAGUUUUUGGAGAGAAACAAAGGGAAGAAGAUCAUGUUUGUUGGUGAUUCUCUCAGUCUAAACCAGUGGCAAUCUUUGACAUGUAUGCUUCACUCUUCUGUUCCUAAUUCCUCGUACACUUUAACCACACGAGGCAGUAUCUCAACCUUCACAUUCCAGGAGUAUGGAUUGGAAUUGAAGCUAGAUAGGAAUGUGUAUUUAGUAGAUACAGUGAGGGAGAAGAUUGGGAGAGUUCUGAAGCUCGAUUCUAUCAAUGAUGGAAAAAAUUGGUUAGGAAUGGAUACAUUGAUAUUUAAUACUUGGCAUUGGUGGAGCCGGAGAGGUCCUUCACAACCAUGGGACUGGAUACAAGUAGGGAAUAACGUAACAAAAGACAUGAACCGUGUGGCCGCAUUCGAAAUUGCGCUUGGGACUUGGGGGAAAUGGGUCGAUACCGUCCUAGAUACUAAGAAAACUAGAGUCUUUUUCCAAGGAAUUUCACCGUCUCAUUACAAAGGAGCUUCAUGGGGUGAACCAGCUGCAAAGAGUUGCGUGGGUCAGAAGGAACCACUUUUGGGGACAAAUUAUCCAGGAGGGUUGCCAGCAGAAGUGGGAGUUUUGAAGAGAGCACUUGGGAAAAUAUCCAAACCGGUUACAUUGCUAGACAUUACGUUGCUUUCGCUGCUCCGCAAAGAUGGUCAUCCUUCGAUUUACGGUCUAGGCGGCCAAAAUUCCGGUGACUGCAGCCACUGGUGUCUCUCUGGGGUACCUGAUACUUGGAAUGAGAUUCUUUACAAUUAUAUGGCUGAGUAGAAAACACACAAAAUUAUUUAAACACACAAGAAACCAAAAUUAUAGCAUUUGUUAUUGUGUUUGAUUCAAUUUGAAUCUAAAUAAAAGUGUCCGAUUUUCUGAUU